AUCGGAUUCCUUAACUGCAAAAUCGAACCCUACAUUUCCAACCCCAUUCAAUGCAAAAUGUGUUUUAAACUAGGCCAUACCCAAAAAUACUGUAAUGGUAAUGAAAACUGCGAUAUCUGUGCCUCUAUAAUCCACGAUCCCGUACCCUGUACGAAAAUUCAAUGUAUAAACUGUAAUCACCCCACCGCUCUACAAACAAAAAUUGCCCUACAAUAAAGAAACGACAAGAAAUAUUAAAAAUUAAAUCCGUUAAUAAUUGUUCAUAUAAAGAAGCCGCGCUCAAAAUUACAGACAAACUAACAUAUGACAUUCCAAUUGAAGAUCUACAAACAGCAAUAGCUGAAAGAAAAAAUAAAUUAAAUAAAACAAUAAAUAACUCUCCCGCAGUUGCUGUCGCUGCCACCGCCUCAGUCAAGUUAAACACUCAAACAACUAACAUAACUGAAAACACUAAUGAUAAUCCAACAACCUCAAACACUAAAGAAUCGAUACAAAACCUCUCAACAUCCAUUAAUAAACUCUUAAAUAAACACCAGAUCCAAACAUCGAACAAAAUCUCUUCAAAUAUGAGUAAAAAUCCUAUUAACCCUACUUCUUCCAAUUUUGAUAACCCCGCUAAAACCUCUUCGAAAAUUACUGAUCAACUACCUAAAAAUAAAGAUAAACCCAAACUAUCUGAGCAAAAUUUAAAUCCUAAAAAAAUAUCUAACAGACGUAAUGAAAUCGACUCACCAGACCUCAACAUGGAGCAAUAAAACAAUUUAUAUACUAUAUUUUCAUUACAGUAAUACAAUUUCAUGUCCAUAAAAAUCUUACAGUGGAAUCUUAACGGAUUCUUCAACAAUUUACACGAACUUCAAAUCCUAAUCCGAAAUAGUACACCAGAUAUUAUUGCGCUCCAAGAAACUCAUCAUGUUGCUAACAAUAUAAAAUUAAAUGGUUAUGUAACCCUAACAUGAAACUCUGACGUCUCUCGCCGCGGUGGUACUGCUAUUUUAAUUAAACAUUACAUUAAACAUAACUUAGUAUGCUCUUCGAGGAACUAUGUUAUGGCUAAUGUUUUCGUUGGUAUUAAAUUAAAAAUUAUAUCUAUUUAUCUCAAUCCAUCACUCCCUCUUCCCACAAUGGAGUUAGAGUCCCUUUUCACUGACUACAACCAUAACACUCUAAUACUAGGAGAUUUUAAUGCACAUUCCACUUUGUGGGGCUCAGCGAUCACUCUAUCCAAAGGGGUUAUCAUCGAAAAUAUUAUCACCCGCUCUAACAUGAUUUUACUUAACGAUGGCUCUCCUACCCACCUCUCAACAAGAUCAGCUGAUAUUGCACCUUUAUCUUUUUGGAAUACGGAUAACCAAUUAUGUGAUAAAGCAAACUGGCAAAGAUUUCAACAACAACUAUGCAACAUUAAUCUACAAACUGAUAGUUCUACAAACGUUAACAAAGAAAUCGCUAAACUGCAGAAAGUUAUAAUAAAUGCUGCAAAUAGCUCAAUGCCACACCAGAAAAAUAGCAAAAAUAGUAAAUACACCUAUUGGUAUAGUCCUGAACUAAAUGACUUACGUAAUAAAAAAACAAAAACUAUUCUAUAUAUUCAAAAAUCACCCAUCGACGGUAAACAGAAUAGCUUACAAAAAAGCUAACAUUGUUUUUAAACUAAAAAGUAAAAUUGCAAAACGAAAUUCCUUUUUUGCCUAUACUACUACUAUCAACCCUAACACUCCACUUAACAAAGUUUGGAACAAUAUUCGAAAACUAAAUGGUCUUAACAGCUACAAACAAAUACACCACAUUGAACUUAGUGAUCAACCUAUAUAUGAUCCAUUUGACAUUGCCAACUCUUUUGUACAUUCUUGGUCUGAACAAUCCAAUGAUAUCAAUUUUAGUAAUCUCUUCAUACAGAACAAAAAUAACCUAGAAUUCCGGAUAAACUACAACUUAAACAAAACUACAAAACUAUUAGAAGAAGAUAUCACUCUCUUUGAAAUAAAAUCUACAUUAAAUUCUCUCAAAGGUAAAACCCCCGGCUUUGAUAGAAUUUCAUAUCCCAUGCUGAAAAAUCUUCCUAGCAAUGUCAAUCUUCAUCUUCUUAAAAUAUUUAGCAAAAUCAUCUCAUCCGGUAUUAUUCCUCAACAAUGGAAAACUACUUCUAUUAUUCCAGUACUCAAACCUAACAAAGACCCCACUUCUAUUGAUUCAUAUAGACCAAUAUCACUAAUUAAGUGUACAUCUAAACUAUUGGAAAAAAUAGUUGCCACCAGAAUCACAUGGUCACUCCUUAAAAUGAAACUCCUAAGCGUCCACCAAAUGGCUUUUAAACCCAAUAAAGGAACUAUAGAUACAUUAACAUACCUUGACCACAUUGCUGCCUCAUCCCUAUCACACAUAAAUCACCUUUCCAUUAUUUCAAUAGACUUCGAAAAAGCCUUCGAUCGAGUUGGC